AGAGUUCAUGGCUUUCUUGUUAACUGGGUAUGUAUUUUCGAUUUUAGGUUGGAGGCAGUAAGCACACAAUGAAUGAGCACCUCCAUGUUGGUAGCCAUGGACAAAUCCAGGGUCAGCAGCUGUUUGAAGAUAAUAGUAACAAGAGGACGAUUCUGACGACACAGCCAAAUGGACUUACAACACCAGGCAAAUCUGGAUUGCCAGUGGUUCAGGACAGACAGUCGGAGAGUGCUCAGAGACGACGAGGGAGCUCCAGCUCUUUAAAAUCUACAGAUGGAACAGGGAAGGUGAAAGCCUCUGUUAUGACACCAGAGCAGGCAAUGAAGCAAUACAUGCAAAAAUUAACAGCUUUUGAACAUCAUGAGAUUUUUAGCUACCCUGAAAUAUACUUUUUGGGUCCAAAUGCAAAGAAGCGGCAAGGUGUGAUCGGUGGGUCAAACAAUUUUGGGUAUGAUGAUGACCAAGGGUCUUACGUACAAGUACCCCAUGAUCAUAUUGCGUACCGAUAUGAAGUCCUGAAAGUUAUAGGGAAAGGAAGUUUUGGGCAGGUCGUUAAGGCCUAUGAUCACAAGAUGCAUCAGCACGUGGCGCUAAAAAUGGUGAGAAAUGAGAAACGUUUCCACCGCCAAGCAGCAGAAGAAAUUAAGAUCUUGGAGCAUCUCCGGAAACAAGAUAAGGAUAAUAACAUGAAUGUUAUUCACAUGUUGGAAAACUUCACAUUCCGCAGCCAUAUCUGCAUGACAUUUGAAUUGCUGAGCAUGAAUCUGUAUGAACUGAUAAAGAAAAACAAGUUUCAGGGCUUUAGCCUGCCUUUGGUCCGCAAGUUUGCCCACUCAAUUUUACAGUGCUUGGAUGCUUUGCACAAAAACAGAAUCAUCCACUGUGACCUUAAACCUGAGAACAUUCUGUUGAAGCAACAGGGUAGAAGUGGUAUUAAAGUGAUUGAUUUUGGCUCAAGCUGUUAUGAGCAUCAGCGUGUCUACACUUACAUUCAGUCACGUUUUUACCGUGCACCUGAAGUCAUCCUUGGUGCUCGUUAUGGGAUGCCCAUAGAUAUGUGGAGCUUGGGCUGUAUUCUAGCAGAGCUUCUCACCGGUUAUCCGCUUUUACCUGGAGAAGAUGAAGGAGACCAGCUGGCUUGUAUGAUUGAGUUAUUGGGCAUGCCUUCUCCAAAACUCUUAGAUUCAUCCAAGCGAGCCAAAAACUUCGUGAGCUCUAAGGGUUAUCCCCGUUAUUGCAGCAUCACAACCUUGUCUGAUGGCUCUGUAGUACUUCUUGGUGGACGCUCUCGGAGGGGAAAACUGCGUGGCCCGCCAGAGAGCAGAGAAUGGGGUAAUGCAUUAAAGGGAUGUGAUGAUCCCCUGUUCCUUGACUUCUUAAAACAGUGUUUAGAAUGGGAUCCUGCUAUCCGUAUGACACCAAGCCAGGCUUUGCGGCAUCCCUGGCUGAGGAGACGGUUACCAAAGCCUCCGACUGGGGAAAAGGCUUCAGCGAAGAGACUUACAGAGAGCACUGGUGCUAUAACAUCGAUUUCCAAGUUACCUCCGACAUCAAGCUCAGCUUCAAAACUGAGAACUAAUUUGGCACAGGUGACAGAUGCCAAUGGGAAUAUUCAGCAAAGAACAGUGUUGCCAAAACUCGUUAGCUGAGUUUGAAAAACCCAAUGCUGUUAAUCUGAGAAAUACAAUGUGGCUGAGCCUUAUUUGUAUGAAAAAGUAGCUCAGAUAUACAUUUUUAUUUGCUCAAUAAAUUUAUUCAUUUGUAUCUUUCAGCACUCAUUUUAAAUGUAAGAAAUGUUGACUUUGUUUUUAUAAAAAACACGGGGACAAUGCUUUAAGUUUUUAUACUUAUUUUUUAAAAUGUUUGUCUUCUACAGUACAAUUAGCCUUACUGUAACUAGUGUGACACAGUAAUAAACAUCAGUGGCAGGCCACUGGUUACAACAUGACUGUCAUGCAUUGCAGCGUGGUUCCAUGGUUCAUAUUAGGUUUCACCUUGGGUAAAUUUUAAGAUUCAUUCUCUUGGAUUUUAUGGGUAUAGGUUCUUGAUUCUGUGAACACUCACAUCUAUGCCUGCCUGGAAUCCAGGGAGACUACUCAAAAGAAUGCAGUUUUAAGCACCUGUAAAUUUGUAAUUUGAAGCAGAGCCAUAGCCUGCUACAUUGUCAUUUUCGGUAUGGUAGCCCAGAGAAAGGAGUGUUAUUAAUGAUACACUCCCCUGCUAAGUAGUACUUUCUCUAUUCAAAAGUGAUGGGUUUUUUUGUUAAAAUGAGCAUUUAAAUAUAAUGCAAAAAA